UUGUGUGAGAGGGUGGAAAGGGAUAAACUUUUUUUUUUUGACCCUAUUUUUUUAUUUUUAUAUAUAUAUUUUAUAGAAAAAAAAAGAAAAUAAUGGUUCAAAAUCAUACGAUGGAUGUGUUAUCGGAACGUUUGAGCCGUGAUGUUCAAAUAUUUGAUAAUUUAUUAAAGCUUAUACCCGCCAAGUUUUACGUCAUGGAUAAAAAUGACGAUGCUUCCGGAAAAUUUCAACAUAAUAAAAGAAAGAAGGCACCUAAACAAGCCAUCAAAGACAGAACAAAGAAAGCAAAGAAAGCAAAGCUCGAUCCCACCAAUAUUAAAUCUAUUGGUGAAUUACAAGAGGAGAAGGCAAAGCAGUUGAUCGAGGAACAGGAAAAUAAGUCUGAAUCUGACGAAGAAGAGGACGACGAAGAGGAAUCCAGUGACGCUGACGAAGAACAAAUCGAAAAGAUGGAUGUCGAAACUGGUGCCUUCAGUGGCCUUGACGACUCUACACCCGCUCUUGCUGAAGCAACAACCACUGUUGAAGAAGUUAACCUCCAACCUAUGGAAAAGAGCGACAUUGAUCAACUUCGUAACCGUCUCCAAGCACGUAUCAGCCAAUUGCGUGAGAAGCGUAAUGCUCCUGGUGCCAACACUGCUAACCCUAGAAGCCGUGAUGACAUUUUAGCUGCCAGAAAUAAAAAGAAGGAAGAUAGAAAGAAGGCAAUAAAGGCACAAAAGGAGAAAGGUGGCAAAGUUGCCUCUGAAGAGCUUGUUAAAUUCGAUGAUAGAAAGCCUGUGUUCAAUCAGACUCGUCCCUCUGCUGAUUCUGUAAAGAUGGAUGGUGAUCUUUACUUUGGUAAGCUCGCUGUUGGAGCUACUGUUGACCAAAAGAAGAAGAAGGGACCUACUGACGCCAAGACACAAUUAAAGAUGCUCGAAGCCAAGCAAGAGAAGCUCGAAAAGAUGAAGGGUGAAGAUAAGAGCAAGGCAGAAGAGUUAAUGGAGAAGGAAGAAUGGAACAAGGUGCUUGCAUUGGCAACUGGUGAGAAGCUCAAGGAUGAUACCAAGUUGUUAAAGAAGACUAUCAAGAGACAAGAAAAGUUAAAGAACAAGAGUGGUCAAGAAUGGAAUAAACGUAUUGAGAAGGUCAAAUACGAUGAAAAGAAGCAUAUCAAGAAGAGAGAAGAGAACAUUAAAUCAAAGAUUGAUGAAAAGAUGAAUAAAAAGAGAGGUAUCAAGGUAAAGCCUGCUCCCAAGAAGGCACGUCCAGGUUUCGAAGGUGCCAAACGCAGUAACGGCGGAAAGGUCUCAAAGCCUUCUCCUCCUACAAAGAAGGGAAAGAAAUAAAAACAUUCCUUUUCCACAACACACACACACUGUAGUUUUAAUCUUUUAUUCAGCAUUUCUUUUCUUUUUUUUUUCUUUCUAUUAUCCCACCCACCCAAAAAAACAGAUACUCCCUCUCCUCCCCUUCCUCCUCUUUUGUGCUCCCCCAAAAUAAUAUAUAUGAUGCAUUUUUCACACCUUUCACCUAUACAACAAAAUCUCCCGAUUUUUUUUAUUCAUUUCAAAAAUAAAAAAAUAAAAAAAAUGUAAAC